AGUCUUGUGGUCAGCGGACAUGCCCAUCUUAGCAACAGACAACAAAAACAUGGCGGUUGUGAAUCUCUUGGGGAACAUUAGAUUUUAGUGGAUUUAUUGGAAAGGAAAAAGGAUGUCAAACUCUGGGGUUAUCCUCUGCGAUUCAUCCGAAUUGUAUAAUAUUCUGAAUCAGGCAUCGCAGUAUCCAAGACUUAGCGACCCAAACUAUCUACUGCUUCUAGAUACAAGAAAAAGAAAUGAAUACAAUGAAAGUCACAUCAUCACGUCUAAAUUUGCUCCUAGGAAUGACAUAGGAGCUUUUACUGUUCCCUACGAUGCAGAACUGGAAACCAAGAUUCAUGUUGUGGUGUAUGACAGUAACACCACUUCAACUAAGGAUAAGGGAAGUCCAGCCCUCUCCUGCGCCAAGCUUUUGUGGGAGAUGGGGAGUAGAAACCAAGUAAAAGUUGUUAAAGGUGGCUAUGAGGAAUUUUCUGCACUUUACCCUUUCUUAAGGACACAAAAAAUUAUGUACACUCCAAGGGAGCUGGAUACUCUUAUUACAUACCCCGUGGAAGUGUUGCCAAGUUUCUUGUAUAUCGGCACCUACAAGCAAUCUCAGAACAAAGCUAUCACCAAGGACUUAAAGGUCAAGGCCCAUGUUAAUGUAACCAUGGAAGCAGAUAAAGAGCUUUCAGCAGACUCCAUCAUACUUGGAGUGGAUGACAAGCAUGUCAGUCAAGUGUUAACUAUUGCAAUUGAAGACGAAAACAAAGCUGAUUUACUCACCCAUUUGAAGGAGGCUGUGCAGUUUAUCGAUGACCACAAAACUAAUGAUGGUCGCUGUGUUUUAAUUUUCUCAAACCUCGGGAUCAGCAGAAGCGUAACUGUUGCCAUCGGGUAUUUAAUGUGGAGCAAAAAGAUAUCCCUCAAGGAUGCGUACAGCCAGUUGCGCAAGUGUCGCGAAAACAUGCAGCCGAAUCGAGCCUUUAUCGAGCAGCUGUCUCAGUGGGAGGAGCAACUAUUCGGCAAGACUAUAACUGAUAUUUCUGAACCCGGCUACUAGAAAGUUAUUACCAAUAUUUCUUAACCCAAUUACUAAAUAGAGGAGCUACCAGUAUUUUAAAAGCAAUUACUGAAACAUGCAUGCUAAGGAGCUGUUUGUGAUUCUAGAAAAUAUUUAAGGGGUGGGGUUUCAGCGCCGAAUUCGAGUGGUUAAAGCCUUUUUACCUAACGAAACGUUUGGAAAUCAAAAGCUCUAAAAUGUUUGAAUUAUUGUAAAUACAUACUUUCUAAAGAUAUAUUUUUGGUUAGGAAUUGUGGUGGGUGUACCCUCAUUCUCUUUGCUUCUUUCGCCGUAUACACUUGUCGUCCAGAGAGAUGAGCAAGACUGCAGAGGACCAGUGUCAUGUAGAACUUUUUGGGAUCGGAAAUCAUUGAUUAUUUUUAUCUAACUUGUACAUUUCCUUCAGAAUUUCAUGUAUUCAAACAAAGGUUUGUGUGAUAUUUUUAUUUUAAUAUGAUGUGGUCUUAUGAUGCAUUAAAAUUUGUCUUAACCUUA